AUGCUGCUGCGCUAUCGCACGGGUGUUGUGGGGGGGUUUUCAUCCCACUGCGUGGGUGCCUGGUGGCCCCUCGCGCGACAUCACCCGCCUCGAGUGGCGUCUCUGCUGGCGUUGCAGCUCGGGCACAGCGUGCGCCGGGCAUCGACGAGCCACCCGGCAAGCAGCGCGAGGGCGACGAACGCGGGCAGGUGGGAGCCGCAGCUUCGCCGGCUGGCGGUGGUUCGUCCGGAUCUGGUGGACGAAUGGGUGCCGGAGCUGAACGACGCGGAUGUGAGCUCGGUGCCGUGCACCAGUCAAAUCUCCGUCUGGUGGCGGUGCGCCGCGUGCGGGGAGAGCUAUCAGGCCUCCGUGCGGGAUCGCGCGGUGGCGGAUAAGGGCUGCCCGCGCUGCUCGCUCGAGCGGCAGCCGCAGCCGCAGCCGCAGCGUUCGCAGGAUGCACGUGGUGGUGACUGUGGCGUUGCCGAGGGCGCCAGCGCCGGAGCCGUCGCUGGUGGAGCUGCGUCACUCGCGGAGACGCACCCGCUCCUUGCGAGUCGCUGGGACCAGGAAAAGAAUGGCCUGCUUCGCCCCACCGAUGUUGCAAGCACGAGCGAGUUAAACGUUUGGUGGCGACCGGCGGAGGGGCGACCGGCGCAUGAGCGGUCGUUUCGUCGUCCUGUGUACGCCUUUGUCGAGGUGCCGUAUAGCAUGGAGGAGCAGCGGGAGGCGCAGGCGAAGAUGGAGCUUGGCAUCCUUCAACAAAUACGGCAGGCGGCGAAGAUUGCAGAGGCCCGCGAGCGUGACAUGCUCCCCGCAGCCGCAACGGUGUUGGAUGACAUUGUCGCCGCGAGCCCCAGCGGCGCGGCGGCGGCGCCAAUGACGCAGGAGCCACAAAUUAAAGAGCUUGAGGGUGAGGACCUCUACAAGGCCAUUGAACUCUGGGAGCGUAGCCUGGAUGCCGCGGCAGAUGCGGACUAUCGACCGCUCUUUCAGUUCACCGAGGCGUGUGAUUGGGCGGCGGUGUCUCGCGAGCAGGUACUAACCACGUACGAUGCGUUCGUGCAGGUGCACCGGGAGAAGAGCCGGGCGAAGCCUGGCAACAGCAGCAGCGAUCAGCAGCAGCAGCAGCAGCCGCGCCCUGUUGAGACGUCCGCGGUUCCCUCCGUCAUCACAGACCCCGACUGGGUGCAGCACUUCACACUCUCCGUAGAGGACGUCGCAAGUGGCCGCUUCGCGGCGUCCGCCUGCCUUGUCCUCCCUGACGCGGCGUCACCCGCGAAAUCGCCGCCGCCGUCCGCCGAAGAAGGCGGAGGGGCAACUGAGGCGCGGCGCGGCGGCGAGGCCGCAGGCAUCCGCCGCCGCGUUGACUCACUACCGCCCCCGCCGGAGGAGUACGAGAGUGAGGUCCACACCACGUUUGCCUCCCCUAGGCGCUCUUACCCGCGGCGUCCACCGAUGCCGCCCCAGCGCGAGGAUGACCUGACGGACUCGCUGCCGAAGGCAACCGAGGCGACGCCACAGCGGGCAGCGUCGCUCAAGGGCGGGAGAGACCAGGAACGACGAGGUUCCUUGAGCAAGGACCUCCCAUCCGAGGCCUCCUUUGAGGUUUUAAGUCUCGCUGGCACGGAAAGUCUUCUGCGGGAGUACGCGUUGUCUGGCGACAAGGAUGUGCCGUUUGACGCGGAUGAGCAGGAGCUUCAGCAGCAGUCGCUGCUCGGCCAGGCGGCGCUGCAGUCCAUGACGAGCGACGAGGUUCGAGCGCUGCAGUACAACCGAGGCACCCCACGUCCGCGCCGCACUGGAAGGUUCCGGCUGCGCCCACCCACGGAAAUCGAUGCUCGACGAGGAGCGGGUUUGGGGUCUGCGCUGGGCGCAUCCCUGUCGCCCGCCGCCGACGAGGCAGAGGGGAAACAGCAGCAGGUGAUUCAAGCGCCUGGUGCCCCGCGGAAGGUGGCACGCCCAAAGAAAAAGCGUCAGGAAACGACGGAUAGCACGAGCUCCGCCGCCGCGUCUGCUCAGGAGACCGCAGCUUCACUGGCGUCUGCGUAA